AUGAAUUUUAAUGUCAACGAUAAUCCUCUUCUCGUCGCUCCUCGACCCGUUCGCAUCACGUCGCACCUUGCUCGUUCUACACAUCUCAAACUUGUCGCUUCUCAAGUUGAUCAUGUAAAGUUGUCCGAAGACACUGAACACAUUGACGAGUACAAGCAGCCUACCCGUGUUGACUCCUCGGUUUCGUCCGAUAAGGAUAUCUCCUCUCCCCGAGCGUCGCCUCGGUCCAGCCUUCCAUCAGAAGCGCUUGAGGAGUUCCUGUCAAUCUGCAUGGGGUGGAAAUGCCCAUCAUCUCCUGUAUUACGACCACGUCGCAACGGUGCCGUGUCGCUGCCCACGUUUGGCCUUCCUUACAGGUCUAGGAGCAGAGUGGAUUUUCUCCACGCCAAGGGUGAUAUCUCCAGCAUUACACUCACUGAGGAGAAUGAUUGGGUCCCUCGCGCACGCUCUCCUCAGACCCUUUAUGAGCGAGACGAGCUUGAGAACAUUGACGUUCAAGACCUCGAUACCCAAAGGUGGAACAUCGCCCACUCUCUCUCAUCCCCAAUAUCUCGAGCGCGCAAUCCAUUUUUACGCCACCCUUCUUAUGACAUUGGCCUCACUGGCAUUUCAAAUUUCUCUCAAUCAUCCCCUCCGAUCAUUUCGGCAACUCCCAUGUCUCCUGCGGCUGUUCCUCUUCCUGUCCCAACCCCUGAUGAGUUGGUCAAGGUUUACUGA